CUCCGAGUUCGCUUAGAGUGAAACAAACAUGGCGACAGACUGGAGUGGUUGGCAGGGGUACACGCUAACUUUAAUCAUUUUACUAUGGUGUACGGCGGGCACAGAAGCCGAGACGGGGAUCCCUGAGACCGGUAGCCCCACCCAGGUCUUCGGCAUGCGGCUGGAGAGGAGCGACAAGCCAGCUACUACCACGGACGACGGGGUGAUCCAAGUAACAGAGGAGAGCAACAUCUUCAUGAGGUUCUACGGGCUGCAGAUUCUUCCUGACACCUCGUCACAGAUCAAGUUCAUGGAACAUGAACAUGUUGAUGUUACCAACAAUAAUGCUAAUUUUAACAGGACUUGCGCCGAAUAUACCAAAGAUAUCGUUAUUCGGGGUGGCAUGAACGUGAGCCACCUCGGAACCUCCGGGGUGGUGAGUUUGAAAAUCAAGCCGCUACGGAAGCGCGAGCUCAAGAAGGAGUAUGGGCUCUGCGUCCGGGACAGUCAAGAUGGCAAGUGGUACCUGUUGGGUGAGGAUGACGGGAGGCUGCGAGUGGUGGAGGAAAAGAAAUCUAUGCUUCCUAUGUGGUUCCAGUGCAUCCUCAUCUGCGCUCUGUUGGUACUGUCAGGUAUGUUCAGCGGGCUCAACCUGGGACUCAUGGCCCUAGAUCCUAUGGAGCUCCGGAUAGUCCAGAACUGCGGUACCGAAAAGGAGAAGAGGUACGCCAGCAAGAUCGAACCCAUUCGGAGAAAAGGGAACUAUCUUUUAUGUUCCUUACUUCUUGGUAAUGUGCUAGUCAACACAACUCUCACCAUCCUCCUGGAUGACUUGAUAGGGUCAGGUCUGGGAGCAGUGGUCGCCUCCACUAUAGGUAUUGUCAUAUUCGGGGAGAUCGUUCCCCAGGCGCUGUGCUCUCGCCACGGACUGGCUGUAGGAGCCAACACCAUCAUGGUGACCAAGUUCUUCAUGUUGGUGACCUUCCCCCUGUCAUGGCCCAUCAGUAAACUCCUGGACUGCAUCUUGGGCCAGGAGAUCGGUACCGUGUACAACAGGGAGAAGCUGGUGGAGAUGCUGAGAGUAACGGAACCGUACAACGACCUGGUCAAAGAGGAACUCAACAUGAUCCAGGGGGCGCUUGAGCUCAGGACCAAAACCGUUGAAGAUGUCAUGACGCCGAUCAGUAAUUCCUUCAUGAUCCACAGCGACGCUGUCUUGGACUUCAACACCAUGUCAGAGAUCAUGGAGAGCGGUUACACGCGCAUACCGGUGUUUGAGGACGAGAGGUCCAACAUUGUGGAUAUCUUGUUUGUCAAGGACCUGGCUUUCGUUGAUCCGGAUGACUGUACGACGCUGAAGACCAUCACCAAGUUCUACAACCACCCGGUUCACUUCGUGUUCCACGACACCAAGCUGGAUUCCAUGUUGGAGGAGUUCAAGAAAGGUAAGUCCCACCUGGCCAUCGUUCAGAAGGUGAAUAAUGAGGGCGAGGGGGAUCCGUUCUACGAGGUGCUGGGAUUGGUUACCUUGGAAGACGUCAUUGAGGAGAUCAUCAAAUCAGAGAUCCUGGACGAGUCGGAUCUUUACACUGACAACAGCAGAAACAGGAAGAAGGUGGCACCCAAUAAGAACAAACGAGAUUUCUCCGCCUUCAAACAGAGCGAGAGCGAAUCCAAAGUCAAGAUCUCCCCUCAGCUGCUAUUGGCCGCUCACCGUUUCCUGGCAACAGAGGUGACGUUAUUCAGCCCGUCCCAGAUAUCGGACAAGGUUCUGUUGAGGAUUCUGAGACACCCAGACGUCAUCCAGGAAAUUAAGUUCAACGACAGUGACAAACGCUGUCCUCAACACUUUGUCUACCAGAGAGGGAAGGCUGUCGACUACUUCAUACUCAUACUGCAGGGUCGGGUGGAGGUGGAAGCCGGGAACGAGAACAUGAAGUUUGAGACGGGACCCUUCUCCUACUACGGAGUCAUGGCCCUCAGUGCUCCCACGUUAGUGGUGUCAUCUCGUCCUCGUCACCUCUCUCUAAAGCGGUUCUCUCUGUUCUCCAGGUUGCCAGAGUUCCGCUCCCCAUCCCACAUCAGUGGUUUGAACAGGACAGCGUCUCUGAGCGCUGCAGAUCGGACGGAGUCGGUGUCUGUCGGCGGCAGUAACAGCCAGCUCAACACUCAGUUCACUGUCCCUUCACCGUCAUACACACCCGACUUCUACGUACGAGCUCUCUCAGACCUGCAGUUCGUCAAGAUCACACGUGCCCAGUACCAGAACGGUCUGAUGGCGUCUCGUCUGGAUUCCUCCCCCCAGUCACCUGAUUGCGGCCACCCCCGUCUGGAGGGUACCCCGCCCCCCGUGGGCACCGCCACCCUCUUCUUCCUAUCUGACGACAACCCCACUCCGGAGAAAAGCCCCCUCCUGGCUGACGAGACCACCUCUCUCCUCAACGAGCAGAACUCUCUGCCUCACAACCACCACCACAACCCAUCAGAGAACAGCAUAUGACACACACACUAGUACACACACUUAUAUAUGUGCGUUUACACACACUACCAGGGACUGAGGAGACUGUGUGUGAGCGCGCGCGCGCACACACACACACACAGACAUUAUGCCAAACUGUCUUGAGGAACGACUCUCUCCCCCCAUUUUAAAAGUCAACCCUGUGGCUGGUAGUGUGUACAGUGUCAGCUAUUCCCCCUGUACCUUCUCUUCCAGCAGAGUCAGCUAUUCCCCACUGUACCCCCUCUUUCAGCAGGGUCAGCUAUCCCCACUGUACCCCCUCUUCCAGCAUGGUCAACUAUCCCCACUGUACCCCCUCUUCCAGCAGAGUCAACUAUCCCCACUGUACCCCCUCUUCCAGCAGAGUCAGCUAUCCCCACUGUACCCCCUCUUCCAGCAUGGUCAACUAUCCCCACUGUACCCCCUCUUCCAGCAGAGUCAACUAUCCCCACUGUACCCCCUCUUCCAGCAUGGUCAACUAUCCCCACUGUACCCCCUCUUCCAGCAUGGUCAACUAUCCCCACUGUACCCCCUCUUCCAGCAGAGUCAGCUAUCCCCACUGUACCCCCUCUUCCAGCAUGGUCAACUAUCCCCACUGUACCCCCUCUUCCAGCAGAGUCAGCUA